AGGAGAAAGAAAGAAAAAAUUAGAAGCAAGCAAAGGAUCACUCGCCGGCGUUGUCGUCCGAAAAUGAGAGGAAGAAGCUACAGUCCAUCACCACCACCGCGUUACAGCAGAAGAGGCGGCGGAGGAGGAGGAAGAAGUCCAAGUCCUCGUCGGCGUUACGCUCCCCGUCAAAGCGAUCUACCUACCAGUCUUCUUGUUCGUAAUCUUCGCCAUGACUGUAGGCCUGAAGAUCUUCGUAGACCUUUCGGUCAUUUUGGUCCUCUUAAGGAUAUUUAUCUCCCCAAAGAUUAUUACACUGGACAACCUCGUGGUUUUGGUUUUAUUCAAUUUGUGGAUCCUGCGGAUGCUGCUGAUGCUAAAUAUCAUAUGGAUGGUCAAGUUCUUCUCGGUAGGGAGAUAACUGUUGUUUUUGCUGAGGAAAAUAGAAAGAAGCCAACUGAGAUGAGGGUCAGAGAGAGAAGUAGCGGUCGGCAUUCUGAUCGAAGGAGGUCUCCUCCACGUUAUUCUCGUUCACCCCGCUAUUCCCGGUCUCCACCUCGUCACAGAUCUCGCUCUCGCGGCAGUCGUGACUAUCAUUCCCCUCCUCCUAAACGAAGGGAAUAUUCAAGAUCUGUAUCACCUGAGGAUAGAAGGCACAGUCGAGAAGGGUCACAACACAGCAGAGAGAGGUCAUACUCACGCUCUCCACCCAAGAACGGGGAUGCGAGAAGCCGUAGUCAGAGUCCAGUGAAAGGCUCAGUCGAGAGCAGAAGUCCAAGUCCGAGCCGUGAUGUCAGGGCAGCAUCCCGCAGUAGGUCUCCCAGUCAGUGACAAUGGAAGAGAACCAUUAGACAAUUAGAGGCUUGGUUUUUCUUAAUGUUCAGCAAAUACAGUGGAUUUGGAUUUUAAUUUGUCAGUUUCAUAUAUCAGAGUUGUGUGUUGUUUAAAUUAAAAAUGUAUUAAUACUAGCUGGAUGUUGAUUUAAAAUUUGUUACUAUGUUCCAUCUAGAUUUAGUAGAAUUAUAUUGGUAUGGAUUUUUCUGGAAA